CACGCGUAAGUACGCCCAUGCAGACCAGACGCACAUCAGUGUCUUCAGCGUGGGACUGACGAGACAAAGCAUCAGGCUGUGGAAACAUUGAUAGAUGCUCCACGCAUUCACCAAGACCGGUAGAUAUCCCACACACACAGCGUCUCUCAGCAGGCACCAAACACACUCUCACGAGCAGCGAGUACAGAGCAGGUCGCCAGAGCACAGCCCGCAGGUCUACAUACUAGGUGUUUAGUUGACUGGCACGAGCAGCUCCUCCUCUUGCCUCCUCCGCGUCAGGGACGUGCACGAAACGGUCUCGUAUCCCAGGUUCUUAAUUAUACCCUUCAUGUGGCCCAAACCAACCACUGCCACCAUCCUGACAGACAGACGUCACACACGAACAGACAGAUAGCAGAUAGAGACGCACACACACACAAAGGGGCACCACCACUCUCUGCAGAGAGGUGUGCCUGCCCUGCUACCUACCGUGGCUGGUCGCUCUCGCGUAUGCGCGCGGCCAUGUACUCGUCCCUCUCCUGGAUCAUCACGGUGUACACCUGCACAACCACCACCCCACCCCCCCACGCACAGAAGGUACGCCUCAACCGGAUGCAUGGAUGGAUGGAUGGUUUAGUUAUCUCGCACAAGUCAGUCUCUUUCCUACCUCAGGGAGUGCGUCCUUGAAUGACUCGAACAUCUCUUCCGCCACCGCCGGCUGCUUGAUCACCUCUACCAGUGACCUGAACGCAUCCAGCCAGCCAGCCAUCCAUGGAGCGAGCAAAACAAGAACCCAAAACGGGCCGUUUCGCUGUGGUGUGUGUGCACUAUCGCACCUGAGCUGCUCUGGGGUGAGUUGAUCGAUGUCAUUGGGGUCACCCACACCGGCCUCUGUCAGGGCGUCCUGCACACACACAGGCAUGUCUGGCGCGUGUGCGUUGCUGUCGUGGGUGCUUUGGUGUGCGAGAGCAUGUUAAGUGUACCAUCACUCUGGGGGAGAACUCGAUGGUCUCGAGGCGUUUGAGCAAAUCGUUAAGGCCAAUGCUGUUGAGGGCGUCGCUCAACCGCCGCAGGGUGGUCCGCACCGGACGGUCACCCAAUAUCAGCUCCGCAUUCAGCCUAACACAUACAUUCGUUUGGAGGACAGACAGACAGACACCUUAUGUCUGCUGUCGUUCAGACAGACACCUUAUGUCUGCUGUCGUUGCUCGUUAGGCUAGGUGUGUACCUGUCAGCCUCCAGGGCAGCCACCAGGAACUCUUCGCUGCGAUGGACCCACACAGACACAGACACAGACACAGACACAGACAGACGGACAGACAGACGGGCAGACAGAGGGCGCGGCACACAACAGAGGAGGAUUGAUUAUUCAGCCGGUCGAGGGAGAAGUGCGUGAGUUUGGACCGAACGUACCCCGGCUUGAAGCCCUGCUUGGCGAUGGUUUGGUAGAGGUUGCCGAUGGCAUAGCCAAUCACGGCGGCAUUCACGUCCCUCCACUUGUCACUCCAACUCUGCACACACAGGCGGUUAUGUGUGCAGAGUCGAUGCCACAUGUGCGUGGGGCGAUGGAUGGAUGAGAUCAUCCGUCGUCCUGUUCUCAUCUGAUCUCUACUCACGACGUCAGGUCGCAGGAUGAUGUUCCUCAACUGGCCCAUAGCUUGCAGCCAGCCUGGGCGAGCACUCUGUCCGAACGAAUGGCACGCACACACACACGCACACACAUCUUCACAGAAACCUGUACCCAUCUGUCUGUCUGUCUGUCUGUGUCAAUCGAUGCUCACCCCGACUUGUGGGGCGGCGUCGUUGCCGUCUGGCAGUCGGAACCUGCUCUUGUCAAGCUCGACGAACACAGCCGUCGGCCUCGUCUCAUCGAUAAUGCUCUUGACCAGAUUGGCACUGACGCACGAGCGGAUCACAGACAGGCAGACAGGCAGACAGAUAGACAGACAGGCAGACAGGUAUGAGGCCGAGCUGAUCGAGUGGGUGGGUAUAGGCAGGCACCUGACGGUCGAGAUAUGUGCUGUGCCGACGAGGACGACCUCCCUCCCCGUCUGGCGGUCUCGUAGAAUAGCCACAGUCUCGUCACACAGGACGGACGACGCACACGCCUGCACCAUCCAUCAAUCAACAGCCAGACACUUACAAGCAGCUUGAUGUGCGAACAUCGAGUGCCUUUCCGCCCGCCGAGUGCAGUGCAUCUACCGCACCUCUUUGGGCAAUGUGAGCACAUGCCAUCCUACUGCUGCAGACGCCAAAGUGGUCCCAGCACCAACAAGCCGCUGAGAAAUGAGCUCCCUCCGGCUGCUCGUUGAGUCAUGCGGCUCUUUCCUCUCUCUCUCUCGUCUAAGGGGAGAGUGGUCCCUCACGCUGUGGAGAUCCAUGCUCAAGCGUUGCAAUGCCCUUCUCCCCGGUCGCCUGGGAACUGCUGGCCGCUGCAGUGAUCGUGACGGCACAAAGGAUAGAUCUGCACGGGAGCAUGCUGCAAGCUGCAUCACGGAGGCGAUGAGCAGAGUCAUUGGCCCUCC